GGAUGUUCAGACAAAGUACUCCCAUUAGAGGACCAAGGCGAAGGGUGCAAACAAGACUUGCAACUUUCAGAGUUGGUCUCCUCCUCCAUCCUGAUAUGGACACAUUCCACCCUCAAAAAGCGGAAGCUUUGAGAAAAAUUAAGGUGCCAGUGUCCUUGUCUGCUGAGGAGUUCCACGCUGUCCUCAGAAAUGCAUUUCCAAGAGUGGGCAGCACUGAUUUUGAGUUGGCAAGGGUAGAUUGUCAUAAAAAAAUCACGAGACUUCAAGUUUCUCCACUAUCACCAUCUGUGCUGAAAGCCAGCAGAGAGCUUAAUCGAUCAGCUUUAUAUAUACUCCCAAAGGAGAGUCUGGUAGAGCAGGUCGGAGAACAGCAAGAAGGUUGUCAUGAUGCAGGACAAGUCGUUGACUCUGCCCAAAGCGUAGACCAAGAUGAUAUAGGCACUCUUGUCAAUACCAGCGAUGUACAGGUGGUCCACACUUCACAAAACUCCCUGGAGAGGCCUAAUACAAUGGAGAGGGAUAUUGUACGUGAAUCUCAUGACGCAGAGAUAGUGGAAGUAGAAGAUGAUGUUGCUGAUGAUUUGCAUGAGUGGCGUGCACUUCGCGCAAGACAAGAUGAGGAAUACAUGCAAAGUCUGCAAACUGACCAGGAAAGGGACCAGGCAUGGAGCAGAGAAGCAGACAUUUACAACAGACGCAAAGAGGCAUAGUAUAACUCAUUUGUUUUAAUUCAACCUGGGGUGUCAGGGAAACCCACAAAAUUGGCACACCGUGCUAUUGGCCAA